AUGAGUUUUGGUGGAGUGCAGGUGCAGACCCGCGCGACCGAGUGCAACUCAUUCUUUUACCUCCACUAUCACUCUGGUCGUUCUGCUCUGGUGGCGUACCGAGCUAACAACGAUCUUGCAUGCAUUCUGGUCGAACCUAUGUCUCAUCAUGGCGAUAAACCACUGCCGGCUCUUCCGUAUCGCGGAACGUUAACUGUCGAGUCGCGCUCGCACCUCCGUCGACUUGUGCUGUGCAUCCUCGAGGAAGAAGGGAUCACAUCUCAGCGGGAGACUUUCGCUGAUGUCCUGAAGAGGGCGCUACAGGAAUUAGGUGAAUGUAUCUCGACGGGAGGUUGGCUGACGGGCUUCAGACGUGCGCGAACCAUUCGAAGAAGAAACCCGAAUGAGAAUAGUGUUCGUCAGUCGCCUGAACGAGCAAUGAACCAGGAUGAGGAGAAGACAAAGAAUAAGCAAGGCAGACGCACAGAGUAUAUCGCCGACACUGAACUAGACACUAAAUCCAAGUAUUCCGAGUCUCAGGAUUCUUCUCAUUCUCUUCAGCACACACUCCCUACGGCUCUCGCUCAGCUUCGCGAGCUUGUCCAGUCGAAUUCUGCACAGUUGAUUCCAAAACCUUCCGCAAAGCAUUUGCUGCUUAUUGCUGAUGGCUAUAACUCGACCGGAGCCCUUGUUUCCGAAGAGGUUGAUUACGGUACAGCUGGUAUAAACUGCGCCUUCAUUCCUAGAGUCUUUGACAUCCCUUCGGAUACCGAUGUUGACGGAAGAGGUGGCUCUGUAGGCACGGUGCUAUGCGGUCUUAACGAAUGGGAUGUGCGCCUUUUUGAUAACUUUGGGAAGGACUCUGUGCAAAUUGUCGGCGGUACGUUUCGUAUCAAGGGUGCUGCUUCUGCUUUGCAACAUGCAGCAUUGUGCCGAGUCCUCCGAGUGUCGCUAUACGCAUAUUUAUCUCUACUUCUUGAGCAACAGCUAUUAUUGAAUUCACAUGUACAACUGCAUUUCCCCAGACCUUCGCUUUCGACGGCCGCAACGAUGCCGGAGCAUCCCCCACCACCGGAAGACUCCCGGAGACCGCAGCGAGAUGGCUCUAUGGCUGGCGGAAUAUGGUCGUAUUUCUCAAAGAAGACAGAGAGUCUCCUUCACCGUGCAGUAAAUGCCGGUCCGUCUCUGCGUCGUGGCUCUCUGGACCUCCCUCUCACGCGUACCCUGCAGCCUCCCGCACCAUCGUGCUCAAUAGAUGGUACGCGCGAGUGGCCGCGGCGAUUCUCGUUCAGGUCGCCCGUCUCCACUCGGAGGGUCGAUGACCACUCGGAGGGCGUCUCAAAGGACCGGCCAUUCCUCGCUGCGCUCAGACGUAUCGAGGAGUGGAGAGAUUUGCUGUCGACCACGCCCGAGGUGAUGCUGCCGCUGCCGAGCGUGCUUGUGGGACUCGUUGAGAAGGAGAACCAGGACCCCGGUCGUCGGUUGGCGGGCGACGAGAAAGCAGAGCUCAUGAGUGUGUUGGGCUGGGAGGGGAAGAAGAACUUGGGCAGGGCGAUGACGGGCUUGCCUGGGUUCGUUAGGCACCAAGGGAUAUCUGUGCUGUUCUCUACACACAUACCACUUCCACUCAUAGCGUCUUCGCCGUCUGCGCAAUUUGGCCCGGGCUCGUCGAUAUUUGCGCUCCCGUCUUGUGGGAAUCGCAAGAAAUGGGUGACAUAUCGGUAUUAUCGUCGGGGCCAUGGUGAGGUAGACGAGGCGCUUGGGGAGAUCAUCAGCAGCUUGUGUUCGACUGGGGAAGAGCCUUGCGACAAGCUCGGCUGUCACUUCAAGCGUGCUGAUCACGACUUACGAUGGAUGCAUGGUGGCAUCCGUAUUGUUGCGACUAUCACUUCGCCCAGCUCCUUAGAGGAUGGCUCCGUGGACAGAGAUAUGAUUACAAUGUGGGAGGCCUGCUCUGUCUGUGGCCGAAGCUCGUGCAAAGAACCAAUGCUUGAUGGUACAUUUUUGAUCUCGUUCGGAAAGUACCUAGAGCUGCUCAUAUAUUCGCCUGCCAUUUGUAUCCUUUCCCCAACGCUCUGCGAACACACCACGCCUCCUCCUCGACCAUGGACUGCGGAGGAUAGUCCACUGCCUCGCACACGAUUUAACAUUCACCGCAAGUUUGCAUACAAGUCGCGCAUAGUCACGUUUUCUCUAUCCGUGGUAGAGGAUGUUUUUGAGCUGUAUCUGCCUAGAUUGAAGAUCAUGCGACGGAAAGUGUCGAAUUCAGAGAAUGGGAAACACGACGUCUCCGACCCCGCAAUGGUCAUUCAUGCUGGACGACAGAACGAGGACGAGGACGGCCGACGUAUUUUGAGACGGGAAAUUAUGUCGUGGUGGCAAGGACUUUCUGAACACAUGGACAAAGUUGAGGAGUGGCUUGUUGCCGAUACGCAUGAUCACCCUACCAAGGCUCUCCCUCGUUUACCCUCGGAUGAUGAUGCCUAUGAUGACUUCGCCGAAGCCGAAUUGACGACUCCAAGACCCUCUACUAAGCGAUUGCCGUCCUCGUCCUCGAUAUCGUCGGCAUCUAUUUCCGCGAGUGGAACCGUCCAUGCAGAUCGGGGGUGUUCGCCAGAUUCUGUGAUAUCCACUAUUGGCACAUUCUCUUCGCAUGAGACGCGUUCCAUAGACUUGCUCGCUGGCCUUAGGCAUACCUUUCAGCGGGAGGAACAAGCACUAUAUGUGGAGCUGUCGAGAACGCCAACAACGUCGCUUAAUAACAUUCGCUGCUCGUUUUACACAGCCGCCCGUGGUGCAUCAAGGCGACUGUCCGCAUGGGAGGCAAAGCAUUCCUCACAGCUGCCCCCGCGUUCGAGCGCAAAUUGCUUGCCUAAUAUCUCCGAGCCCGAAUGGUGGAGGAGUGGCUGUCAUGCUGUCCCGGGCAGCAACGUAAUCGUUCGAGAAGACGACUGGGGGAGCAUCAUAGCGUUUACACUGAGCUCCGUGGAUUACCAUCGCGAAUUGGGCAAUAUGUCUACUGCCAAGCCUCGACAACCCACUCCGCCAGCUCCACCAUCCACUCCGCCCGCCCUUCGCCCUUCGUUCUUCAGUGCUGGAUCCUCCUUCAGAAAACUGCUUCCAGGGGCUACAUCACAGCCUGAUCCCGACCUGGAUGGCAUUGUAUGGCAGGAGCCGGAGACGUUCUCCGCGGUAAUCAGUCGCAAGGAGCAUCCUCGUGAUCCCUCGUCCUUAACGGCUCUGCGGGAGGUCUUGCGCCACAGGGCUAGCAUCGACCUCCAGGGCGCCCCGGGGGGCUCCAGGUUCAACAUGACCAGCUCUAGCACGAAACCCCAUCCAGUUCCGCCCUCCGCGCGAGCGAAGCCCGCGGUCGAGCUGUCCAUGCAGGCGGCAGAUGCGUGCAUGUGUGGGGCACCAGAGUCCGUCGAUAAGAUCUUGCACGAGCUGGAAGCACAUUCGAACUCGACGAAGAGCUCGGGGGCGAGCAGCCCCAGUUCGUCUGGUUUCGUAGAGACUUACAUCCGCCGGGGGAAGACGGCGUCCGUGAUAUCUACCGACAGUGAAGCUACCAUGGGAGCGGACACUAGUAGCGUGUCUGGAGAGAGCCGCGAUGUUGAACCACCCCCACUGCCAGCGAAGGAGCCUUCAACUUCAAAUGCGAGUCUUGCGAACAUACAUUCGCUUGAUGCGGCAGAGAUGCCCACAGAUCCCCCUUCUAUCAAUGGGUAUUCCAUCGCGGGCUCGCUCGCGAGUGCGAUGCGGUAUCUCCUCAAGCCGGGUGGGGCGCAACCUGCUGCAUCAGGGAAUUCACACCAUGGCUUGCUGUCAGCCGACUUCACCGCGAUCAACGACCGGCCGCAUAUCAAGUACGACUGGACGGUCGGUAAGCGGCUGAAGUUCAGCUGCACUGUGUACUUUGCAAAACAGUUUGAUGCGCUUCGGCGGAGAUGUGGCAUAGAGGAUGUCUUUCUCAAGAGCCUGACCAGAAGCGAGAACUGGGUGGCGGAUGGCGGGAAGAGCAGAUCAAAUUUCUGGAAAACUGCAGACGACCAGUUCAUCAUCAAGACGCUUGUGAACGCAUGGAACGUCGCCGAUCUCCAGGUGCUUCUCGAACUUGCGCCCUCAUAUUUCCGACACAUGGACGCCACAUCGACCAAACCAUCUGCUCUUGCGAAGUUGGUGGGGUUCUACACGGUGGAGAUCCGCAACCUGGAAAAUGGGACAACGCAAGCAAAGGCGGACCUGCUGGUCAUGGAAAAUCUGUUCUAUGGCCAGAAGAUCAGCAAGACAUUCGAUCUGAAGGGUAUACAAGGCCGAAAAGUUAAAGCCCCAGACUCGUCGUCAAAAACUUUCUUCGAUGGAGAGUGGAUUGAAGGUCAACACAGAGCGCUGACUCUCGUGCGCCCAUAUUCAAAAGUCGUCUUACAAGAGGCCAUCAAAGGCGAUUGCGACUUUCUCGCCCGGAGUAAUAUCAUGGAUUACUCGCUGCUGUUAGGCAUCAACGAUGAAACUAAGCAGAUUGUAUGCGGACUGGUCGAUACGAUAGGUGGAUAUACUGGCUCGGCUAGUGGAUUCUCUUCACUCAGACUCGUUUUAGGAAGCUACACGUUCGCCAAAACGCUAGAGUAUAAGGCGAAACAGGGUCUGAACUCAGGCAAAGAGGUGACCGUGGUUCCCCCGCAUGAGUACCAGGAGAGGUUCGUUGCCGCGAUGGACGAAUACUUUCUGGCUUGCCCAGACAAAUGGUCUCGUCCGCUCGAUGACAGCAAGAUUCCUCAUGAUAUCGAGCAAUUGCCGAAAGAAUUUGGGUUCGACGAGAGUCUCGGGCUGACGAAUCCCUUCUCUAUACCGAAGCAGGAUGACGACAGUUCUCCCCUCCUAUCCGCCCUGUUAUAA